AUGGCGGCACCAAGCACUCUUCCAGCAUUGCUGGAUUCCUUGACACAGUCAUUGACAACAUCACUCGACGCGGCACCGAAGGGCACCAUUGCGCCGCCUCAGAACGGAAUAUCCCUACUCGACACCAAGAACGAGCUUCUCGCCUCCUAUUUGCAAAACCUCGUUUUCCUGAUACUCUUGAAAUUGCGCAACGCCAAGAAGCAAUCAAGCGACGAUGGAAAUGCCGCAAAGACUAUGGAGACGGUUGUCAAGAAGCUGGUAGAACUCCGACUGUACCUCGAAAAAGGUGUCCGGCCCCUUGAAGACAAGCUGCGUUACCAGAUCGAGAAGAUUCUUCGCGCCGCGGACGACGCCGAACGGAAUGCUGAAGCAGUCAAGGCCGCACAAGGUGCAGGCUCCGAUGACUCUGACGAUUCUGCAUCCAACGGAGAAUCUGACAGCGACGAAGAAGAGGAGGAACUGAAGGUGGCCCACCUUCAAGCCCGGCCAGAUGCCUUUGUCAGACCCGCUGCGGCCUCUGCUGCCGUCGCAGCUGCUGCGAAGAAUGGUGUUUACCGCCCCCCAAGGAUUGCCCCUACCAUCAUGCCCUCCGAACGCAAGGAGAAGUCUGAACGCCGACCACUCAAGUCUCAUACCAUGGACGAGUUCAUCGAGCACGAGCUGUCGACUGCACCUAUCGCUGAGCCCAGUAUUGGAACGACGAUUGUCAAUGGUGGUCGUAGAAUGAAGACCGCCGCGGACCGCAAGACCGAAGACGAGCGUCGCGAAUACGAGGAGGCCAACUUUACUCGUCUCCCCACGUCGAGCAAGAAGGCGAAGAAGGAGGAGGCUAUGAGGACUGGCAACGGCAAGCGCAUGCAAUUCGGCGGAGAAGAAUGGAGAGACCUUGGAGAAGGUGUCGACCGAAUCAAUAGGCUCACGGCGCGCAAGAGCGGUGGCAGCAGCCGCGACAUCCUUGACAAGAGCCGCAAGCGCGGUAGAGACACUACGGACGGGCCGAGGGGCAGCGGCCAAAUCGAGAUGGGCGAGAGAUUCCAGAAGAAGGCCAAGAUGUUGGAGGCGGGCAGACGUGACAGAGGCAAGCGAUAG